AUGGAGGACGACGACGAUUGCCCCGAACUGGUGCCCAUCGACUCCAAGCCUGGUGUUCCGGCAGAGCAGAUACCUGUCACCAUCAUUACUGGCUACCUUGGUGCUGGAAAAACCACACUUUUGAACUACAUCCUAACAGAACAACACAACAAGCGGAUUGCAGUCAUACUCAAUGAAUUCGGGGAAGGGAGCGCCCUUGAGAAGUCUCUUGCUGUAAGCCAUGCUGGCGAGCUUUAUGAGGAGUGGCUGGAGUUAAGGAAUGGCUGUCUUUGCUGCUCCGUCAAGGAUAAUGGCCUUAAGGCCAUUGAGAACCUCAUGGAGAAGAAAGGCAAAUUUGACUAUAUCCUCUUGGAAACGACAGGAUUAGCUGAUCCAGGUGCCGUUGCUUCCAUGUUCUGGGUUGAUGCUGAGCUUGGUAGUGACAUCUAUUUAGAUGGCAUUGUGACAGUUAUUGACGCCAAGUAUGGACUCAAGCAUAUAACAGAGGAGAAGGCUGAUGGACUUGUCAAUGAGGCAGAAAGGCAAAUUGCACUCGCUGACCUGACAAUUAUCAACAAGACUGAUCUAGUGGGAGAGGCGGAACUUGCUCAAAUUCGAGACACUGUCAGGUCAAUAAACGGUGUGGUGAAGAUCCUGGAAACGCAGAGAUCAAGGGUGGACCUCUCAGAAGUUCUCGACCUUCACUCUUUUGACUGUAAGGAUGGAGCAAAACUGGAAGAAAAGCUGCACUUUGUGAAACCCAACAGACCUCAUCUUGACAAGAGUAUUUUAACAGUGACAUUUGAAGUAGCGGGAAGUCUUUCAGAAGAUGCCCUCAAUGUUUUCAUUCAGGAUCUCCUCUGGGAAAAGACGCUACGAAACAAAGAGGGGCAACCUAUGACUGUCAUCCGCUUAAAGGGAAUGGUGUCGCUGGCGACCAAAGCCCACCAGGUCAUGCUGCAGGGGGUCCACGAGUUGUAUGAGCUCAAUGAGACUCCCCAGCUUUGGGGGGAGCAGCCGCGGAUCAGCCGGCUGGUCUUUAUAGGAAGGAACUUGGACAAAGAUAUUCUCCAACAACAAGUCGUCUCCACUGUGCUACAAAGCCAUGGAUAA